AUGAUUCUACAGUUCGCGUUGUUCCAAAAUUUCAAUGAUAUAAAGUUGGUAUUUAAAUGGCUUGAUCCGGAAGGUUUAAGUAGGGACAAACUUGAAGAAAAGACAUAUGCCGCCAACUGCUCGGAUAUAACAGUGGAGCGUAUUUGGAGCUAUAUGGAUAUAUUUGUGCUUGGUCACUUUUUAGGAUGGGCAAUGAAAGCAUUACUUAUAAGACAUUCAAUCAUUUGUUGGUAUAUUAGUAUUGCUUGGGAAGUGACUGAGUAUUUCUUCGCCCAUCUUCUGCCAAAUUUCGAAGAAUGUUGGUGGGAUGCGAUUAUAUUAGAUAUACUGUUGUGUAAUGGAUUGGGUAUUUUGCUUGGCAUAAAGGUUGCGGAAUAUUUGGAAAUGAGAAUGUUCCAUUGGGAAAGUAUCAAGAACAUAAAAACAACACGAGGUAAGUUCAAACGUGCGAUUCUGCAGUUCACGCCAGAAAGUUGGACUAAGGUUGACUGGUUAAGUGGUAACUGGUUGACUGGUAACUGGUUACGUCGAAUAUUUGCCAUUUAUGCUUUCGUUAUGAUCUGGCUGUAUCUCGAAUCGUUAGAAUGUAUCUGCUUUGUUACCUUCCAAAGUGAUCAUAAAUGGUGUUUUGCUUAUAGACAGUUUUAUUUGUUCGCGACUGAUCCUCGUCUCAAAAGGAUGGGUAUGCAAAGCUGGGUGUAUCUGGCGCUGUGUGCUCUUGAAGCUGCUGUGUGUAUCAAAUUCGGUAGACCGAUGUUUCCGAAUGUGCAAAUCAAAAUGAUUGUUGAAUGGAUCGCGCUUUUGUUUCUUGGAACGCUUGUCUGUGUAUGGUUUUCAGUUUGGUGGGCAAAGAGAUAUGCUUUAGUGACAUCAGUACGGAAACGGAACAAGUUGAUGGGAAUAUACGUUAUUUGGAUUCGAGUUGUGAGAAUCUUGGUUUAA